GAUACCGACGUCAACUGUCUGUAAAAUAACAAUUAAACCCCACACGACUCGACAAUUAACUCUUUUGAUGCCAAAAGUAGGGCUGUUAACGAACUAUUUUUCGACGUUUAAUGUGAAACACGAGAAAAAAUAUAAGUUACCCAGUUUGAGAUGGGGAAGUCCCCGCAAGGAAAUCCCCUCUUCAUAAAAUAAUUUCGAAAUUGAGUGAGGCUCUCACAAGCUGAAGCUUUCUGCCUUUGGUCUCCAGCAGAUGCAUGCCAGCCUAUGACACUCAAACCUGUACAAUCUAUGGGAAAUCCGAACUUUAUAUAUUGCCUUUAACGCGCGAGCGGAUUAUGUUCAGCAUGGAUGAGGUAAAGAGGGAGAACGAGGCGCUGAGGGCGAAGUUGCGCAGCUACUCUACACUCAACACAUUUUACCACGAAACACAACAAGAAAUCUCUCGUUUAAAUCAAUUGGUCUCCUCCAAAGAAGGAAUUAUUGUCGAUUUGAAGGCAAGACUGGGGAACUAUGAGAAAACAUUGGUCAUAGAAGGAGAGGAGCCCUAUUUUGUAGGGCCGUCGAAAUCUCUCAUCGAAAGUUUGUGUAAGGAAAUUUGCAAAUUAAAGCAAAAAGUCAAGGAGUCAGAGCAGGACACCGCCCAGAAACUGGAAACCAGUAAAACAGAGAUCCAGAGAUUGCAAGAAAAGUUGAAGGAGAAGGAUCAAGAGCUGGAGACCAUCAGGGAAAGGCCCGAGCAGGAGAAAGAGAGGGAGAUCCAGCGACUGCGCUCCACAUUGGCCGAAAUCGAUCGGACACAGGCCACCAGGGCCGUCCUUUGCAACUCUCUCGCUGAAGAAGCCGAGCAGUUGAGAGCACAGCUGGGGGCCACCGUGCAGGUGUGCCAGGAGCUUUUGGGGCGGCUGGAGGAAGAGAAAAACAAGACAGCCGUGACGGAUCAGAGAACUCAAGCAAAUGAGACAAAUGAUUCCCCUGAAGUUCCUCAUCUAAAUGUCAUCAUCAGCAAGUUAGAAGAGGAGAAUGACCAGCUUAAAAAGAGAGUUGCAUAUGUGGAAAGUUUAAACUCAAAGUGGCAGAAGUAUGACUCCAGUAGAGAGGAGUACGUGAGGGGUUUGUGUCAGAAGUUGAAAGAGUCAAAUGGUCUGGCAUCUGCAGGUCCGACCCUGACCCAGACUCUGGCUCCGGCUCUGGUUGCGGGCAGCAUGCCUUUGUUACAGCAGGAGAUCGCGCGGCUCAAUGGCCUCCUGCAGGACAAGAUGAUGGAGUGCGAGAGACUCAGCAGAGAGAGGGAUGACAGUAAAAGAAGAGACCAGGAAAAAAUUCAGAUGCUUGAGCAGCAGGUUUUAGCCUAUAUUGAGGACUUCAAAUCGGAGAGGGCAGACCGAGAAAGGGCUCAGGGUAAAAUCCUGGAUCUUCAAGAUGAAGUUGGGCAACUUCAACUGCAAAUACGCACACAGGGUGUCCAAGAUGCCUCAUCCUCACGGCGACUUCACAUGGGCCUAAAAAAAGUUCCCCAUCGACAGACGGACACUGCCGAACCACUAAGAAACAGUCCCCCAGAAACAAACUCAAAGAGGACUAUCAGUAACACGGCACCGCAGGGAGCCGCUGAACUGCAGUGCCCUCGCUGUCUCACCACAUAUGAUGAUGAGCACACGGCCGAAUACCUUAAACACUGGGACGAGUGUGCCAAGCUGUGAGUCUCUCACCUCACUGACUUUUCACAGGGCACAGAAAGCACUGAGGACAGAAUCACUACAAGCUUGCAGACUAUGGGAUGUUUGACAGGAUGUUGAUGAAGGCAGGGACACGUUUAAACAGGAUUGUGUCGCAGGAAGAGUUUUUUUGUUUAUUUACUUGGCUUUUCGAUUGUGGGCUUAGUUGAUGUUAAGAAGGUUGCUUUUGGCAUAGGACUCAAGACGUGACUUUGGGUUGGUCAUUCCCAGUUCACAUGGGCUGUCAUUGAAUGCAGAUGGUUUGGUUACGAAAAGUUAUUCAAUCUCAAGCAUUUUUGGUUUAUAAGUCUGGGUUUUGUCAUUUGUUCGGUUUUAUGGUUUUAAGUAUGGUACAUUUUGUAUUAGAGUUUCAAUCAAAUUUAGCUAAGUACUGUAUUGCAGAUCUGUGUAUAAUUCAAAUGAAUUGUCAAAUUGGUAUCAUAUACCUCAUGUAAAGUCAUAGUAUGCACUUUCUACUAUUUUAUUUUUAUUAUUGGCAAAUACGGACGAUAGAUGUACAUAACCUUUUAUAUUUAAUACAUAACCUUCAUUGUUAUUAGACUGUCAGAUACUGCUUUUGUUACGGUGCUAUUUUAAUAUUUUUAUAUUUCAUUUUUUUUAUUUGUUUAUUUGUAAGUGUGUUGUUAGUAUUUGCCUUGGGCUUACAUUUUAAAUCAAAGAUGUUCAUUUGUACCAGAAUAUACAGUGCAGAACAGCACACACUAUAAAUAAUCUUUCAACAUUUGACUUUCUGAUUCAUAUACAUAUCAAACAUUAGUUUCUGGUUAAAAAUGUUAAAUGGCUCCGUCAGGCACUUUUUGACUGUGAGGUACUUGCCAUUCGAUCCCCCUCUGCAGCUGAAAACAUUCUACUUUUAAGUAAGAGAGGAAGUUCCCUGUGAAAUUUUCACGUCUCAGAUGCUGCGUAUGACAAAAUGGCCUCCUAUUAAAGUGUAUCUGAACACUUUUUGGGGGGUUUUAAGGCACUGACACCAAAAACAUUAAUUGACAAUAAGAAAUUAUUGUAGAGAUGCCAAACUAAGACAGAGAAAUGGUAUAACUAUAGGAGGAUUUAUUUUUUUUAUAAUAAAAUAUUUGCUUAAGGACCCUUUUCUAAACUGUUU